GUCUUCAUAUUACACCAAACGGUGACUUGCAAUAACACGGUCCAUGUCACCGUAGUAGACAGCAACUUGACCUAUACGUGUCCGAGGUCAAACAGAGUGCAUCAGUGUUGCGUUGCACCGCAGCAUGGUGCAACGAGUGGACUGAAGAACUUAGAAGCAACAAGAGAAACGGGACGGUAAAUGGAUUUUGAAUAACAUCGGGAUGGUUAAAUCCCAGUGUUUUUACAAAGAUAAACCGAAAUCGAUGAUUAUAUUUUACUCAUAUCUUCAUUUAGCCUACUAUACCUGCAUGUCAGUUUAUAUAAACAGGUCAAAAUUCUAUUUUGCUACAGGAAAACACUGAAAAUUCUGCCUAUAGGCGGCUACCCCCCCCUUCAUUGUUUUUCAUAUCUGCACAGUUUCUCCGUGCAACGGAGACAUUAAAUUCGGUCCAUGAUUAUCACUUUUUUAAUGUAAGAGACAAUAUUGCUACUUUAGGGGAAGGCUUUAAACUUUGAAGCAUGUAUAUUUGCAUCACUAAAAAAAAAUUAAUCCCUACGUUACGACAGUAAAAACCUUUCCAAAUGGUAACCGUAACAUCCCUUAAUCUUGUAUAUUAAACCACGAACUCGAAACCUUAAUUUGAAAACAAAACAAGGGCAUGUCUAGCUUUUUUACCUUUGACAAAAAAGAUGGAUUUUUUUGUAUCCUGAGUUAAUUCAGUAAAAUAAUAAUCAAUCACAAAAUUGGUAUAACUUGCCCAGAUGGGGUGUUCAUGGUUUUUUCCACUCUUGCUUUUUUACACAUUCUAUGACGAGGUUAGGAUUCAAGAUGCCGCUGUGUCAAAAUCCAAAAAAAUCUGGGCUGGAAAUCCCAGGUGACAUUGCACAAUCAGGGACUUCCCCUUUACCUUCCCGGCGAAACCGUGCGUGCGCGCGCUGACCCCGAUGUGCUGCGCAUAACAUUUGACAACCUCGUCUUCCUUGAGCGGGUCCUGCAUCCUGUAGUCGGUUGGCCAAAGUCGUCCAUGGUGGAGCGUAGCACCUGGGAACAAGAUGUUCUAUAUUGCUUAGUUUCUCGAUGAAUCAAGAUCAUGUGAACUUAAGUCUGCUACGGGCACAUUCUUCUCGUGUUCCCACCAAAGCUACGCCUACCUGUGAAUUCUCAAAAACGUUGUCAUCUUCCCGAGGAAGAUUGUAUGGAGAGAGCAAGAUGAAUCCAGUCAGAUUGGCAUCAGCCUUCAUUCUCGUACUGGUUGGUGGCAUGUGGAUGAAUGUGACCGUUGAGGGCAGGACAGUCUUCCUGGAGCGUGGCCAGCGUGGGAUCAUCCCUUGCCCUACCGUCCAAUCUCAGGAGUUGUCGCGAGGCAGUCUUGAUGGAGCUUACGUCUACUGGUACUUCUCCAACACGGAACCACUUUCCUUGCUGAUCUCCCUCUUUAGAGGGAGAGUUGAGCCCCAAAAUGAGAUUCCGGAGGGCGUCUACGACAUUGACGGGAAUUUCUCCUUGGUCAUCGAGAAUGUUACUGACUCAAAUGCAGGGACAUUUUUCUGCCGUAUUAAGCCAAGAGAGGAAGCACAGCAACAAGCAAUAUAUCAGUUGCCGUCAAAGGUGUGA